UCUUCUUCUCUUUUCUGUCUUCUCUCCUCUGACCUCCACACAGACAGACAGACAGACAGACAGAAAGACAGACAGGUCUAACUCUUGGCCUUCUUCAUCUCCACCAUCAUCUUCAUCAUCCUCGGAGGAGCUCCCUGACCCCUCGCCUCACCGGGUCGCCAUGGCAACGGUCAUCUGUACUCGUUUCACCGAAGAGUUUCAGCUUUAUGAAGAGCUGGGCAAGGGAGCGUUUUCGGUGGUGCGCCGCUGUGUGAAGGUUCUGUCGGGUCAAGAGUACGCUGCCAAGAUCAUCAACACCAAAAAACUCUCUGCCAGAGAUCAUCAGAAGUUGGACCGCGAAGCUCGAAUCUGUCGUUUACUGAAGCACCCGAACAUCGUGCGGCUACAUGACAGUAUUUCAGAGGAGCUUCAUCAUUACCUCAUCUUUGACCUGGUAACAGGUGGAGAGUUGUUUGAAGAUAUUGUAGCCAGAGAAUAUUACAGUGAAGCUGACGCCAGUCACUGUAUCCAGCAGAUUUUGGAGGCGGUGCUACAUUGCCACCAGAUGGGCGUGGUCCACCGAGACCUGAAGCCAGAGAACCUGCUGCUGGCCUCGAAGUCAAAAGGAGCGGCGGUGAAACUGGCUGACUUCGGCCUCGCCAUCGAGGUGGAGGGAGACCAGCAGGCCUGGUUUGGUAAGACCCCACAAAUACUAGUAGUUGUUCAAUCCAUUCAUAUAGCACUGAAUUAUAAAUCACAGGUUUUGCCUCAGAGGGCUUUACAAUCCGUACAUCAACAUCUGUCCCAGGACCCCCGCAUCAGAACAGCAAAAACUCCCCAAACCAGCCCUAACUAUAAACCUGAGCCAGCCCGAACGAUAAACCAGAACCAUCUCUAACUAUAAACCUGAACCAGCCCUAACUAUAAACCUG